UGGACUCAGGACAGGGUCGACGGGGUCAACGGGGUCGACGGCAGGGCCAAGGACAGGGACAGGGCCAAGGACAGGGACUGGGACAGGGUCGGCGAUCCAGCCAUGCUGUGUUGGGUUGUAUGUGAGCCUUGAAUCCCGUGAUCACCCUCUCUUGCGCCUUUCGUCUCACAUGGCCUGCCUGGCCCUGGCACCCUCACCGCCUUCCGCCUUUCUUUCUUCUUCCAUCCGAUCCGCCAGCUCGCCCGCCUGGCCGAUCCCUGAGAUCUAUGCGAGGCUGAGACGCUCCAGCUCUGGCGAUGACAUAAUCCGGAAGAGCACUGGGAUGGCGCUUCCACCGGAUGGUCGCCUUCGUAGGGUUUUGACGACGCGGACUUCCUCUCCGAACCCAAACAUUUUUCCCCAAUCAUGGCGGAAACUUGGCCUCUCCAGGGCUCUCUUGGAGCAGCGGUUGAGCCCCUUGCCUUGUCCUGCGGAGGAUGAGCUCCUUUCCCUUCCUCCAUCGUCGCCGUCCUUCCGCCGAGUCGUCGAUGCGCUCCUCCGUCUUGCUCCUCAUUUGCGUGAAUGCUCUCUGGCUCCCCACUGCCCUAGCUGGUCCUCCACCCAAGGAGCUUGGCAGUCAAAUCGCUCAAGGCCAGGUUGUGAAUCCUCCUCCAUCUUUCAUUCUAAACCACCUCCGGACGUCUGGCGGCACCAUAUCCCCCUCUCGGCCUUGAUAUAAUUGCUUCAGUCAGGUUAUCUUCCACUCACCCGGCCUCGGGAAACAUCGUUCGUUGAAGCCUCGCUACUCGAUCUGUAUUACUCAGUCAUCGAC